CUUUUCUGGGUUUGGUGCUGAAGGGUAAGUGGAAGGUUUUGGGAGGAGAGAUGAAGGAUGGGAAGGUUGUUUGUAGUGACUCUCGAGGGUGCAAGCACUGCCGAACCCAUUUGGCUCUCUCUGAGGACGUUGUUUCCAAAUUUUGCUUGCAAGCUGUUCUUGAUGAUUGGAUGAAUGCUAAAUUGGAGCAAUUUUGCCAGAGCCGUGACGAGUCUUCUGAAGUUAUAGACUCAGCCAAACAAUCCAUCCCUGGGCUGAGCAGUGCCCGUGACAUCACUAGGUUGAGAUCUUCCUAUCUC